AUGCCGCCAUUCACUGAGAUUGAAGAAGAAAAAACGCAAACAGUAUUGCGUUCAAGAACAGCCGAAGACGCAAAAAAGCUGGCAGUGGUAGAUGAGCUGAAACACCCUGAUCCUCGGCAUCCGCUUUACUUGGGAACCUGGAAAAGAUCGAUACCUUACGUAGAUGAGGAUUUUGCGCGUGAUGAUCUCGACGAACCUCAUUUGAAACGAAAACACACAAUCUUAAGAGAGCACCCAGAGGUAGAGAAAUUGUAUGGUACGGAUAUUCGCACUUUCUAUGUGACAGUCCUGAUUACUGCUAUCCAGCUCAGUGUAGCCUAUAUAUUUGGUAAAGUGUGGUCGCCACCAUGGUAUAUAUUUUGUUUGGUGGGCUAUUUCAUUGGCGGUACUAUUACCAGUAUGAUCGGUGUUGUUAUCCAUGAAGCGUGUCAUUGUUUAGUGUUUCAACAAAGAUGGGCCAAUCGUUAUAUGGGGUUACUGGCCAACAUUUCUUUGCCAUUUCCGAUUGCUCAGUCAUUUCGCCGGUACCAUAUUGAACAUCAUACAUGGCAAGGAGUAGAAGGGAAAGAUCCUGACCUGCCUUUGGAUUGGGAAAAAACUUUGAUACGUGGUAACGCACUUAGUAAAUUAUUAUGGAUCAUGAUUUACCCUAUUAUGUACGUUGUGAGAGGAGCAGUAAUGCAAAACGAAAAGAAGCUGACUCUUUCAAAGUGGGAGUUGAUCAAUUUGAUUUUCACUAUUACAACGGAUACAUUGAUUCAAUACUUUUGUGGCUGGACCGGGCUGUUCUAUUUAUUGUUAUCACUUUACUUCGGCUAUUCGUUGCAUCCAGGUGCAGCUCAUUUCAUUCAAGAACAUUAUACCUUUGAUGAUGGACAAGAGACCUAUUCUUACUAUGGUAUCUUGAAUAUACCCUUAAUGAAUAUUGGAUAUCAUAACGAGCAUCACGAUUUUCAGAAGAUUCCAUGGUCGAAUUUGCCUCUAUUGCGCUCUUUGGCCGGUAAAUAUUACGAUAAAUUGUCAUAUCAUACUUCGUGGGUCUUGGUACAUUGGAGAUUCAUCACAGAGCCUAACCUUGGUCCGCAAUCGCGCGUCAUCCGUUCAUACAGCGACUUUAAAAAGGGGCGUUCCCUGCUUGGUAAAAUGAAACAAUACGACUUAUUUCAAAAGAAACAAAAGUCUAUGAACCUCACUCCAUAG